AUGGAGAGCAGCACUAAUACGAAACUCCGUGUUGUCUUCAAUGCAUCGCAGAAAUCAUUGAACGAACUGGCUUUGAACGAUUUGCUUAUGACGGGUCCAGUGGUGCACGGCACCUUGUACAAUAUACUACUCAACUUCCGGUCUUACCACAUCGCGUUGACUGGAGAUAUCGAAAAAAUGUAUCUACAAGUCCAAAUUACAAUCCUUAUGUUGUGGCAGAAGCCCGGACAUCCUCCAGCGGAGUAUGGAAUGAAUACCAUUACGUUCGGAACCACAUGCGCUCCCUUUUUGGCUACUCGGACAUUGCAGCACUUGUCAGAAGACGACGGGAAGAAAUACUCACUUGGCAAGCAGACAGUUAAGGAUUUUUACGUUGACGAUUGCUUAACGGGAGGUGGUACGUUGGAAGAAGCAAAGGAAAAACGGCGGUAG